GGUCCUAUUAUAAUCUUUGUUGUUUUUCUCCCAAAUAGGAAACAUAUAUGGAAUUCAUGCAUCUAAUGGAGAGGCUUAGGCCUAUUAUGGGCUUAAAAAGCUGGGAUUACUGUGUUUUAUGGAAGUUGAGUGAAGAUCAAAGGUUUCUUGAAUGGAUUUGUUGCUGCUGUGGUGGAGCUGAGAAAAAUAUGCAUAGCUGUGAGCAAGAGAUAUUUUUUCCUGAUUCUUCUACUUCAACUUGUAGAGAUGUUAUGUUUCAGCAUCCAACAACAACUGCUUGUGAUUUACUGGCUCAGGUCCCGCCUUCUCUGGCGCUAGACUGCGGAGUUUAUGCACAGACCUUACUAUCUAAUCAAGCAAAAUGGAUGAACUUUGUAUCUUUCUCGGAAUCAAAUAUCUCUAAUGAAAUAAUGGGAACCAGAGCUUUGAUUCCAUCUCCUCUUGGAUUGCUCGAGUUGUUCAGUACGCAACAACUAGCAGAAGAUGAGAAAGUCAUAGAAUUUGUCUCAGCUCAAUGCAAUAUCUACUUGGAGCAGCAAGCUAUGAUGAAUUCAACUUUCUCAAAUGGAGUUCAAGAGAACACAUCAAAGCCUUUCGCAACAGAAGGAGAAGGAGACGAUCAUAUAAAAGAUCCCCAAAAUCAUUACCAACAGAUAGUCUCCCUUGCAGCUACAUCAGAUCACUUGUCAUAUGAUUUCCCACUUAAACGAAAACAAUUGGAUACUUGUUCGAUGAACUUCCUUCCUCCAUUCAGUACUUACAGCACACCAGAAGUCGAUAACAACACAGGAGGAAACAUGUUGUUUAAUCAGAGCACAAGUGAUGCGACACAUUUCUCGGAGAAUAGGUACAUGAGUGAGAUGGAUGCUUAUUUACAGAAGCAAAUGAUGAGAAGUAGUAGUACUCAAGCUGGAAUUGAUGAUGAAUCUGUCAAGCAUGAUAACGGAAGAUCCAAUUCGGGAUCUGAUAGUGAUCAAAAUGAGGAAGAAGAUGAUCCUAAGUAUAGAAGGAGAAAUGGAAAAGGUCCUCAAUCCAAGAACCUUAUGGCUGAAAGGAAAAGAAGGAAGAAACUAAAUGAAAGGCUCUAUGCUCUUAGAGCUUUGGUUCCCAAAAUUUCCAAGUUGGAUAGAGCAUCUAUCCUUGGAGAUGCUAUUGAAUAUGUGAUUGAAUUGGAAAAGCAAGUGAAAGAUCUGCAGCUUGAACUUGAAGAACAUUCAGAUGACGACGGUGGAGGAAGGAAUCCGGACCAGAUUCACCCGGUCGUUUUAAGCCAUAAUAGAACUAAAAACAGGCCUAAAUCAGAAAAUGGAAAACUUACAAAUGGAAGCCAUAGAGAAAUAUCAACUAAUUCUAAUGGCAGCACUGACCCUUCCAGAAAAAAUCAAGAGGUAGAAGAGAAUGACAAAUUGCAGCAAAUGGAGCCACAAGUGGAAGUUGCACAAUUAGAUGGGAAUGAAUUCUUUGUGAAGGUGUUUCGUGAGCACAAGGCUGGUGGAUUUGUGAGGACUUUGGAGGCUUUGAACUCAUUGGGCUUGGAGGUUACCAAUGUUAAUGCAACUAGGCAUACUUGUUUGGUAUCAAGUAUCUUCAAAGUUGAAAAAAGGGAUAAUGAAAUGGUUCAAGCUGAUCAUGUGAGGGACACCUUGCUAGAGCUGACAAGAAACCCUAGUAGAGGUUGGUCUGAAAUGGGUAGAGCAUCAUCAGAUACUAAUAAUAAUAAUAAUAAUGCAAAUGGCACUACAGAUUAUCAUCAACAUCAACAUCAUGAUCAUCACCUAGACAAUAAUAAUCAACACAAGCAAACCAAUUCUCAUCACUUUCACAGACACCACCAUCACUAACAUGUUUUAUUUUAAUUACUAUACUUUUGUAAUAAUGCACUUCUGUUUUUUUUUUUUUCAUAAUAAGAUACAUGUGUGUGAACUUGUUGCUUUUAAAUGGGAAAAUUAGACUAAA